GCUUUCUUUCCUUCGACCUAGGUUGCUGUGUGAAGUCAGAGGAGAGGCAUCUGUGAGGAGUCAAAGGAGAAGCAUUUGCCUUGUGUUGUUUGAGUUGUUGACUUGUUGACUUCACAAUGCCUGAUCCUGCCAAGUCUGCUCCUGCGCCCAAGAAGGGCUCCAAAAAGGCGGUGACGAAGACCCAGAAGAAGGGAGACAAGAAGCGGCGCAAGAGCCGCAAGGAGAGCUACUCUAUCUAUGUGUACAAGGUGCUGAAGCAGGUACACCCCGACACAGGCAUCUCCUCCAAGGCCAUGAGCAUCAUGAACUCCUUUGUGAAUGACAUCUUCGAGCGCAUCGCUGGCGAGGCCUCCCGCCUGGCUCACUACAACAAGCGCUCCACCAUCACCUCUCGUGAGAUCCAGACCGCCGUGCGCCUCCUGCUGCCCGGGGAGCUGGCCAAGCACGCUGUCUCUGAGGGCACCAAGGCCGUCACCAAGUACACCAGCUCCAAGUAGAGAAGCUGCUCUCCUUCCAGGGAUCUCAAAGGCUCUUUUCAGAGCCACACA